AUGGAGAAACACAAUCUCACAGUGGUGCAUGACUUCAUUCUGAAGGGCAUCACGUCGUGCCCUGAGCUGCAGGCUCCACUGUUUGGGCUGUUCCUCAUCGUCUACCUGGUUUCAGUGCUGGGCAACCUGGGCAUGAUCAUUCUCACCAAGGUGGACUCCAGGCUACAAACACCCAUGUACUUUUUUCUUAGAAACCUUGCUUUCACUGAUUUUGGAUAUUCUACAUCUGUGGGCCCCAAAAUGUUGGUCAAUUUUGUUGCGGAUCAAAAUACAAUUUCCUUUUAUUUUUGUGCUACGCAGCUGGCUUUCUUUCUCUUCUUCAUUGGAAGUGAACUUUUUAUUCUGUCUGCAAUGGCCUACGAUCGCUAUGUGGCCAUCUGUAACCCUCUCCUCUACACUGUCGUCAUGUCGAACAGGUUAUGUCAGUUGCUAGUGGCAAUCCCCUAUCUCUAUUGUACAUUUAUGUCACUGACAGUCACUAUAAAGAUUUUUAGUUUAUCCUUCUGUGGCUACAAUGUCAUUAAUCAUUUCUACUGUGACUGUAUGCCUUUGUUAUCUUUGCUAUGUUCAGAUACUCAUGAUGUUGAACUAAUAAUUAUGAGCUUUGCAGCUUUUGAUCUGCUUUCCUCUCUUCUGAUCGUCCUGGUGUCCUACCUGCUCAUCCUCAUAGCCAUUCUCAGGAUGAAGUCAGCUGAGGGCAGGCUCAAGGCUUUCUCCACCUGCGGAUCCCACUUGACUGUGGUCACUGUGUUCUAUGGGACUUUGAUAUUUAUGCAUGUGCAGCCCAAGUCCAGUCACUCCUUGGACACUGAUAAAGUGGCUUCCAUAUUUUACACUCUGAUCAUCCAAAUGUUGAAUCCCUUGAUCUACAGUUUGAGGAAUAAAGACGUAAAGUAUGCUCUACAAAACACAUGGAAAAGGAUAUGCAGUGUCAUCUCUUAA